AUGGCGUUUUUGGUUCGUUAUACAAGUGGCUUAGUUUGCGCUGCGGUUACCCCUGACAUUGCGCGUCGUGCCGGUUUGCCUCAAAUGGUAACCAAGAACACCGAUCCAAAGGGAACUGCCUACACGGUGUCGGUUGAUGCUAACGAACCUUCGAUUACAACCGGUAUAUCAGCGCAGGAUCGGGCCAUGACAUGCCGUGCCCUUGCAUCUGUCUCUGUCCACACAGAUGACUUCCGCAGGCCCGGUCACAUUAUGCCUCUCCAGGCUCGAGAAGGCGGCGUGCGUGAGAGGAUGGGCCAUACGGAAGCUGCUAUUGAAUUCUGCCAUCUGGCAGGGAAGCAGCCCGUGGGCAUCCUGGCAGAAUUGGUCAAUGACGGAGAGUGUAUUGAAGGCGAGCCAAAUAUCCAGGAUAGUGGUAUGAUGAGGAGAGAUGAAUGUCUCGAGUUUGGAAAGAGAUGGGGCAUCACCGUGUGCACCAUUCAAGACCUGGUCGCGUAUCUCAACGAAGGGGGUACCGGUGACAUUCAGUAG